AUGCCGCAUUUGGAUUUGGUCACACACGAGACAAUGCACAUCAACGCUCCAGCUCAGACACUUCACAAGCUCUGCACAAAACGCUAUGUGACGCCCCAAUUGCUGGGACAAAAGGAGCCAUUUGUCGUGCAGCCCGGAACAGCCGUCCUCAAAUCCCAUCAACUCCAUCCACCCAGAGAGAGUGUCAGAGUAUCCACCGAUCCCGAAAUCUAUGCCGAUCCAGAGCUGUUCAAUCCGCUGAGAUUCACCGAGGAGCGCCAGAAGCGGCCGAAAUGCUCAUAUUUGCCAUUUGGUGAGAGUCCAAGAAUUUGCAUUGGAAUUAAAUUUGGUAUUUUGCAGACGGAAUUAGCACGCGCAAGUGUUGUGAAAAAUUUCACAACAACUGAAUCGCCUCACCGCAAUCCCUUGGUGAUGGACCAGGGAUUGUAG